AUGCUCGUGCAAGAGCUCUCUACCUCACGCCGGCCGGCCAAGGACAAGGCCACCUUUUAUGCGCUUUUGCCGCCCGCGGUCGAAUUCGUUCAAGGAUCGUCUACCGGUACGCUGGUCGUCGGCCACACAAAGCUCAAACCAAUCAACGCCUCUCCUGAAUCCCAGACCGAGCCGAACACGACCAAGGCUCGCCGUGGCUCUGCACACGAGAACGCCGUCGCAUCUUCUUCUGCCUCUUCGCCUGACGCACUCGACACUUCUUGGGCGUUUCUCCAGGAGGUCGGAGCAGGGCUCAACAAUACCGGCAAUACAUGUUUCCUAAACAGCGCGCUGCAAUGUCUGAUCCACACCGCUCCCCUCGCGAACGUGAUCAAGGGUCAUGAGUGUCGCGUGAGAAAGGGCUUCUGCAUGUCUUGCGGGCUCAAGGCCGUCGUAAUGGACUCGUUGAUGAAUAAGAAGAGGAGCUUGACACCGUACAUGAUCACGAACGGCCUGAAAUCCAUCGCUAAGCACAUGGUCCGCGGAAGGCAAGAAGACUCGCACGAGUUCUUGCGCUUUGCCGUCGAUGCGUUGCAGAAGUCAUGUCUUGUUGGAUAUGGACCUAAACCGGACCCGAAGAUCGCCGAGUCAACUUGGGUGCACAAAAUCUUCGGCGGUCGACUACGCUCUCGUGUAACUUGUAGUCAAUGCAAGCACAACAGUGACACCUUCGACAAUAUAUUGGACCUCAGUCUCGAGAUCACCGGCACGCGCAAUCUCAAUGAGGCGUUGAAGAAGUUCACCAAGGUGGAUCAUUUGACGGGCCAGAACAAGUACAAGUGUGAGAAGUGCAAGAAACUGGUCUCCGCUCAGAAGCGCUUCACGGUCGAUCAAGCGCCGAACGUGCUUACCAUCCACCUCAAACGCUUCUCUCCCCUCGGUCGCAAGAUCGGGCAGCAAGUGGACUAUGACCAGCACAUAUCCCUCGACGAUGUCAUGUCCGAGGCGCCACCAGCCCCGCUGGCUUAUACGCUCUACGGCGUCAUCUGUCAUGCUGGCGGCGGUCCCAACUCCGGCCACUACUAUGCGUUCGUCAAAGGUGGGAGGGGGGCAUGGUAUGAGAUGAACGACGAGUCUGUCACACGUUGUCGCCCCGCAACUUCGCUUAAGAGCGCGUACAUCCUGUUCUAUAUUCGCGACUCGACGGCUCGUUCCAAUGGCGUGCGGGAGCGUCCCGUAACCCCGGUUAGCACGACGCCCAAGCAGACGCCGUUGAACGCGCCUCAAAAGGGUGUUGUCGCGGCAAUGGGCAAGAAACGCAAGACUCCCGACUCUGCCUCUGCCACGCCCGAGCCCGCGACGAAGAGGCCUUUCAUUGGACCUCAACUCUCCACAAAGGACGAUACGCCCGUCACGUCGUCUAAGUUCAAGAAGGUCGGGGAGCAUGCGCCUUCCAGCUCGUCUGCGUCCAUGGCAGAGACAACUGCCGCUCUAGGUUCCCUAUCGGCUUACGGCGACGAUGAAGAUGAUGAUGAUGGUGAUAAGGCGGCCACUCCGGAGUCAGCGCCGUCGACGCUUAAGACUCCCGUCGCGCCCGCGCCCGCUCACCGUCCGCUGACGCCGGGUCCCAUCGCGCCCAGCAACUUCUACGGCGCGGCGUCUUCCACAUCCGCGGGCACGAAACGCAAGGCUGAAGAGGACUUGCGAGAGAAGAGCGGAUUGCCGAAGAACUUCACUGGUCGACAGGUCACGUACGGCAGGCGUGCGAAGAAGCAGAUUAACUUCAAGAAGUUGCAGAACGGUGUCACAGCGAUGUAA